CUGUCGCCUCCGACCAUCGGUGAAAAUAUUCAGUCGGAAUUAGAUGACAACACGAAGAAUUCAGAUGAGGCAGAGGAACAUCAUGAAAGUUGUUUGAACAACGCCGAAAAUGACCUUGGCGUUAAUGUGGUGCCGAACAGUCAAAGGGAGGCAACUCCUACAAGCAUGUUAAAGUUUUCCAUCUCAGCGCUGUUGGAUCUACACGAAGGGCCAAAUCGACCAGCUGUCGACACAAGUUCUACUUCAACAGCUGAAACCACCUGCCCUGCCCUACCUAUCAACAAGGAGCGCUACAGUGACAAGAUCUGCGGGAAGGGAAAACGGAACAGGACGACGUUUUCCACGCGGCAGCUGCAGGAGUUGGAGAGGGCGUUCAGGAAGACGCACUACCCCGACAUCUUCACCCGGGAGAAGCUGGCCUCUCGCAUCAAGUUACCCGAGUCCCGAAUACAGGUUUGGUUUCAAAAUCGUCGUGCGAAGUGGAGAAAGAAAGAAAAACAGUGCCAAACGCUGUCUCUAGCCGGUUAUGGAGUUACCUGCCCUUUGUCUUGGCCGACCCAGUCACAGGCUGCCGCUAUACACCUGGGUUUGGAUGGAUUUUAUACUCAAAUGUAUCGGGCAUUUCCGGCGAUACUCGGAUCCACCACUCGCUAUGUCAUGGCGCCAUCAUCAGCGACGCUGUCAUCUCCCAACGUGACACCUACCUCAUCCGGAAUAGGACAAGAACCGUCAGAUCUCGCGAUUGCUCUGGGAAGAAACGACAUAGCCUCGUCGGGUUCAUUUCCGUCAGGAAAAGACUGA